UCCUCCACAUGGACAGAUGGGCUGCUACAUCCGCGUGAUGCUCAUUCCUUCUAGCAAGAGCUUCGAGAGUGGAUUGGUGGGCACGCGGUAUUCCCUGUCGUGUACGUGGAAAUGGGCGUACUCGGGGAAGCUCGGUCACGCAGCGUGGGCGCUGUGUGUAGAGCUCGGGUAUAUAAGCGCGAGGAGACCGGCAGGAAGAUGCAGCAAACAGCAAGUGCAGAGCGCGCGCAUCUCGGAUCUCACUCAGCAUCAGCACCAUGGUUCUCAUCUGGACUCAGUUCGGCGUCAAACACAAGAAUGUCAAGUGUAAAGUGCGAGUUAUCCACGGAGAGGAGGGAUGGACCCCAGAGGAGGUGCGAGAGGAGCCUGAGGAGUCGAGUCCCCCGUCCUCACCAGAAUGUGUGGAUUUCUACGCUGUGCUCGGCGUUCCAAGUGACUCUAAUGAGGAGGAGAUCAGACGAGCGUACAAGCGUCUGGCACUCCGUUACCACCCUGACAAGAACCCAGAAGCAGACGCAGAGGACAAAUUCAAACAGAUUGCACAAGCUUACGAUGUCCUGACAGACCCAGAGAAACGCAGCAUCUAUGAUCAGCAAGGUUUAACCAAAGGAGGCGUGGCUACCACGGGAACCAAAACCGACCCCGCCCAAAGCGCAUCGAAAGCGGACGGCCACGCCUGGCGCAUGUUCUUCAACUUUGAUCUCGACUCCGACGAUGACCUCUUUAACCCGUUCCUCCGAAACCCCCUUCCCCACCUCAGCCGUCACCACGGAAACAAGUCCGGGCUCAAGCCGCCGGCCGGGCCCGAGGUCCACGAUCUCCUCGUCUCUCUAGAAGACAUUCUUAUGGGCGUGACGAAGCGCGUCAAAGUGACACGCCUUCGUCAGACGGACAAGCACACGGUGAGGCCAGAAGAACGCGUGUUCGAUGUCGAGGUGCAGAAGGGAUGGAAGGAGGGAACCAGAAUCACCUUUCCCAAGGAGGGGCAUCAGUUGCUAGGCCACACCCCUAACGACCUGGCGUUCGUUAUUAAAGAGAAGCAGCACGCCCACUUCAGACGAGACGGCUCGCAUGUCGUGUACACCUCCAUCAUAACGCUGCGAGAGGCUCUCUGUGGAUGCACAGUUAACGUCCCUACCCUCGAUGGACAGACGAAGCCCCUCCCAUGCAGUGAUGUCAUAAGACCAGGAUCAGUGAGGCGCCUUAUAGGGGAGGGGCUACCCAGAGCGAAAAACCCCACCCAGCGUGGCGACCUGCUGGUGGAGUUUCAAGUGGUUUUCCCCGAUCGCAUUCCACCGAGUAGCAAAGAGAUCAUCAAGCACAGCUUGGCACAGUGUUAACUACUGAGCACGCACACUUAACUUCACUGACGGAUGUAACGUCAGCCGUUUGUCUCUGUGAGGCACACACGUCCGACACGCACACACAGAAGUGUGACUCGCACAAUGCAUUUACACGUAGGUAUGUAAUACCUGUAAAAGUGUAAUUCAUGCGGACAAAAUGUAUACACUGACUGCACACACAUCUGCAUUUCGCUGAAAGUGUACUCUGAAGUGUUAACAUACUUCUUUAUCCAUGACAACCUUGUACUUGCGUACAGAACUGUCAGUGAUUUAGUCUCUAUGAGAGAUUCCCGUGUCAUGUUCCAAUGAAUUAUUUGUAAAGAUUAUACAGAAAUGAUGUGAAUUUAUAAUAUAUAACCUGCUAUGUAAGAUGAAUGCAUGUUUUAUAAGGAAAAAUAAAGUUUU